UGGGCCUCAUAAACAACCACAGAACCACAAGUUGGGUAGGCUGGCAGUGUCAGAAGUCUAAGCCCGGCAUAGUGGUCAGCAGGCAGGAGGAAUCACACUGGCUGCAAACCACAGGGUUUCGCAGAGCGGUGAACAUCAUCAACCCACAGCCAAGACACCGCUUUUUUUUUUUUUUAAUCUUUAACAAUUUGAAUAUUUGUUUUCGCAAAGGUAAAAGAAAUCAUUGAAUCCCCCGCCUUCAGAAGAGGGUGCAUUUUCAGGAGGAAGCGAUGGCUUCAGACAGCAUAUUUGAGUCAUUUCCUUCAUACCCACAGUGCUUCAUGAGAGAAUGUAUACAUGGAAUGAAUCCAUCUAGAGACGUUCACGAUGCCAGCACGAGCCGCCGCUUCACGCCGCCUUCCACCGCGCUGAGCCCGGGCAAGAUGAGCGAGGCGCUGCCGCUGGGCGCCCCGGACGCCGGCGCCGCCCUGGCCGGCAAGUUGAGGAGCGGCGACCGCAGCAUGGUGGAGGUGCUGGCCGACCACCCCGGCGAGCUGGUGCGCACCGACAGCCCCAACUUCCUCUGCUCCGUGCUGCCCACGCACUGGCGGUGCAACAAGACCCUGCCCAUCGCUUUCAAGGUGGUGGCCCUGGGGGACGUUCCAGAUGGUACCCUGGUCACUGUGAUGGCGGGCAAUGAUGAAAACUACUCAGCCGAACUGAGAAAUGCUACCGCGGCCAUGAAAAACCAGGUUGCAAGAUUCAAUGACCUCAGGUUUGUCGGUCGGAGUGGAAGAGGGAAAAGCUUCACUCUGACCAUCACCGUCUUCACAAACCCACCGCAAGUUGCCACUUACCACAGAGCCAUCAAAAUCACAGUGGAUGGACCCCGAGAACCUCGAAGACAUCGUCAGAAACUAGAUGAUCACACCAAGCCUGGGAGCUUGUCCUUUUCCGAGCGGCUCAGUGAACUGGAGCAGCUGCGUCGCACGGCCAUGAGGGUCAGCCCACACCACCCAGCCCCCACACCCAACCCUCGGGCCUCCUUGAACCACUCCACUGCCUUUAACCCUCAGCCUCAGAGUCAGAUGCAGGAUACAAGGCAGAUCCAGCCAUCCCCACCGUGGUCCUACGAUCAGUCCUACCAGUACCUGGGAUCAAUUGCGUCUCCUUCCGUACACCCAGCAACACCCAUCUCGCCUGGACGGGCCAGCGGCAUGACAACCCUCUCUGCAGAGCUCUCCAGUCGACUCUCAACUGCACCUGACCUGACGGCCUUCGGCGACCCGCGCCAGUUCCCCGCGCUCCCCUCCAUCUCAGACCCUCGCAUGCACUACCCCGGGGCCUUCACCUACUCCCCGACGCCCGUCACGUCAGGUAUUGGCAUCGGCAUGUCGGCCAUGAGCUCGGCCACGCGCUACCACACGUACCUACCGCCGCCCUACCCCGGCUCGUCGCAGGCGCAGGGCGGCCCGUUCCAGGCCAGCUCGCCCUCCUACCACCUGUACUACGGGGCCUCCGCCGGCUCCUACCAGUUCUCCAUGGUGGGCGGCGAGCGCUCGCCCCCGCGCAUCCUGCCGCCCUGCACCAAUGCGUCCACCGGCUCCGCGCUGCUCAACCCCAGCCUCCCGAACCAGAGCGACGUGGUGGAGGCCGAGGGCAGCCACAGCAACUCGCCCACCAACAUGGCGCCCGCCGCGCGCCUGGAGGAGGCCGUGUGGCGGCCCUACUGACGCGCCGCCGCGCGCCCGCCGUCGUCCCCGCAGGAGCCUCUGCAGGGGCCGGCCCUGGGCCCCGCAGCCAUCCGUCUGGGCCCUGCCAUGGCCACCGGCCUCGGGGGAGGGGAGCGCGUCCCUGUGAUCGGUGAUGUGACCUCGCUCCAGGCCGGGGCCCCCACGCCGCCUGCGCUUCCGAAGCCCAUGCAGUUCGCAAUUGCUGUCGGCCCAUCUCAGAUUUUUCAAACCUGACACAACUUGAGGGUGUCCGCUUCACCACCACGUGGACACGUUGUAAAGCAAACAGGAAGAUUCCCAGAGGGAAACUGUGAAUGCUUCUGAUUUAGCAAUGCUGUGAAUAAAAGAAAGAUUUUA